AUGGGUCUCAGAGAGGCACAAAUGGCCCUUCAUAUCAUCGCCUUGGUGCUAAUGGUCCCAACUCUGGCAUGGCACAUCAGCUCGAAAAACGUGGCGGCCAUCUCCUUGUUGACAUUCAUUAUACUUAUGUUGAUCAAAGGAUUGGUGGAUGCGUCUGUUUGGGGGAUUGAUGACUACCUAAAUGCCUGGGAUGGCAAAGUAUGGUGCGAUAUAAUGGUGAGACUCCAGCAAGGGGCAAGUGUUGGUUGUAUAUGCUCCAUUUUUGCCAUUGGCCUGAACCUGUACUUGAUUCUGCGUGCAGACGAAAUCACUGCAUCUUGGUUCGCAAAACCAUACCGCAAGUUGGCAAUCGAAUUGGCUCUAUGCCUGGUGACUCCCAUCUUUGUGAUUGCUGUUUCAUACAUUUAUGAGCCAACAAGAUACUUGAUAUGCCAGUAUUCAGGCUGCCAGCCUUCCCACUCCAAAAGCUAUGUCUACAUUCUCCUCUACUAUACUUGGGUAGAGCUGUGGAGCAUUGCAGCACUGGUAAUGGCUCUUAUGAACCUCAUAGUUUAUUUCAAAAAGCGGAAAUAUGCCAGCGACAUUCUACUGUGCACAAACUCUGGAUUAUCAGUUAGAAAAUUUGCAAGGCUGCUGGGAUUCUGUUUUCUCAUAAUUCUGGCAUUGUUUCCCUUGGCCAUCUACAGAUUGUAUCGCACCAUUUCCACGGCCACUUCGAAGUUCGACUGGAAAGAAACACAUGAUAAAUUGCUCUGGCCAAUUAUUUUGUAUCUUCCCUAUGAUCCUCUUCAAGAGUUAGACAAGUGGUCAUAUUUGUGUGUUGCUUUCCUCACCUUCUUGCUGUUUGGAAUAGGUGCAGAUGCUCUGGCCGUAUACAAGAAAUAUCUCGUGAAGAUGGGUUUGGGUUUUCUUUUCACCAGAUGGGAGAGAUGGAGAUCCAAUCGGGAGAGACCCAGAAUCUUUGGGCCCCGCAGUGGAGGUUCUAGCGAGAGCGAAACACUCCGGACCAAUUCUUUGGAUACUAAGACCAGUUAUGCACUCCACACUCGUGUAAUACCUGACGCGCAUAUGCAUGGUUCAAUGUCUGACGAGUUCGAGAUGAAAUUGUACGACAUGACCAUCGACUCGCCUUCCACAGUUAACUAUGACGAUUCUGCAGAGGAAAUGCUGUACUCAAGAAAAGAAUAUCGCGACGAUUCGGUUGGCAGUGAAAGCGACCGAAAGCUGAUUGAGAGGAUUCUGGCAAACGAUGCAAAUUCUGAGGGUGAGGAAUUUCGAACUACUAUCAAUUACUCGGCUAAUGUUUGA